UAUCGUGAGCAAUACCAUAGUGAAAACUUCAAAGUAUACUUAAAUCAUUGCUCGCAAUCCGAAUCUGAGGUCAAAAAUUUUGUACAAAAUAAUUUGAAGAAUUUUUCAAAAUGAGGCCGUGAGUCGAAUUGGUCUAUUGUAUGAAUAAAAUGUUAACCUCGUAUCUCAAAUUACAAUUUUUAUGGAAGACGAAUGUGACAGUGAUUGCGAUGGCCGCAUUUGAACUGAAAUAUUGGGAGCUUUUGUGCUACUGCCUAAUAUUUCUUAUUGGCCUUAUUGGCAAUUUACUCGUUUGUGUGGUGUUCUUCAGUAACGGCCCAACCUUCCGCAAUGCGCCAUUUAAUGUCUACUUGAUGGGACUGGCAACGACAGAUCUUAUUCUUGCAAUCGUUUGUUUACCAAUUUAUGUAAUGUCGACAUCAGCAUUUGAUCAUCCCACCGGAGCCAAAGGAACAGUUUUUUGCAAAUGUGUAACGAGUUACCUCCUGCCCUUUUGGCUUGGUGGAGCAUCAGUUUACAUAUUAGUUUUCAUAAGCUUCGAAAGAUAUCGUGCUAUGCGGUACCCCCUCAAGUCACGCACUGGACAGUCGUGUCACAGAAUCUGGCUCAAUAUUGCUGCAAGUUGGUUUAUUGGAUUUGUAAUACAGCUACCCACCGUUUUAAGUUUAAAACGUAUUUCUAGUGGUGAAACCCCCAAUUUGGGAAAUUACUGUGUGUUUUCAUGGAACGAUGAAACAUUAAAGAAGGGCAUCUUCGCCGCGGCUUUCGCAUUUCAGUACGGCAUACCAGCAAUUUUAUUUACAGUGAAUUUUUUCCGAAUUCGACAAUGUCUCGGAAAACUUGAUGAAAAUCUAAAGCGAUGUUUUGGUGAUGACCGUUUCAAAAAGCAGUUAAUGGAAAACCGAAAAAAAUCUGUCCGUAUAGUGUUUCUUUGUUCUGCCACAUUUUUUCUUUGUUGGACGCCCAAUAAUAUCAUGUACUUUUUGUUUCAAUAUGAAGGCAAAAAGGACAAUACCUCUUGGAACACGGAUCCUUAUCAAGUAAACAUUGUGCUUGGCUACUUUAAUUCUUGUAUGAAUCCAAUACUGUAUGCAUUUCAAAGCAAAGAAUUUAGACAAAACUGCAAAAAGGCUCUGAAAAGGAUGUUCAAAAAGCCAGACAAAACAGAAAGUAUUCACAAUGCAAUUAGGAACAGAACAGUUUCAGCAAAGAAUACUCUGACUACCAAGGAUAAAAAACAAUUAUUGAAGUAUGCAGUUUAGGAUUAUAAAUAAUUAUUGAUUAGUAACUAAGAUACAGGAAAAUAUUAUCCAAUCUAUUCAUUUUGAUUAAGUUUACAGGACUUUAAAAGCUCCAAAAGACUAUAAUCGCACAUCGAUCCGAUCGGAAGUACAGUGGUCCCUAGAGACAACGAAAAUUUUCAUUCAAUUUUGAAUCAAACGGGUCCAGCAAGAAAUUGAAGUUUGACAUUCAGAAAUUCGAUCAUAGAGGAUAUCAAAUAUUUAUCCAAGACUUUUGGCUAUUGAAUUACAUAACGCCCUUUGUUCUGGACCAAAGCUCACGUUAAAUCGAUUACAGUCCCAAAACUGUAAGGCAGUCAUUUUUUGACGUCGAAUUAAACAAAUACUGUUAAAACUAUCCGUUUAUAUUGAAAUUUAUUCGAAAUCUUCACAAAGUUAUUCAAACUUGACGUAAAAAGAUAUGCUAUCAGGCUUUUCAGAAAUAAAUCCUCAAAUCGUUCCCCUUCGAAAAUUUCAAUAAGGCCUGUUCCUAACACUCCAAUCAUUGUGCUAUAGUAAGAUAUUUUUAAGAAACGGCACCUCCCUCACAUCCUGAAGAGGCAACGAUUUUUGUACUUGCGUCGUUUUCUUUCAAAAAUGACUAGAUUUCUUUAAACGAUCAAAGUACCUCUUUCUCUAGAGUUUAUUGAGGUUAAACAAACGAAAAUUGGGUAGAAAACAUUGAUAUAUAUAUAUAUAUAUAUAUAUAUAUAUAUAUGAGGCGGUAUGAGCUGAAAGUGUGACGCUGGAAUGAAUUGUAAUACAGCAGUUUUUCGUAUGAUUUGUGGAUUAGAUCAAGAUUUGUGGAUUAGAUCCAAGAUUAUUAAAAAAAAUUUGCGGUACAGAAUUUGAAAAUGGCUUUGAAAAAAGCAAACAUUUUACAACAUACUAAAAGCUUUAAGUAUUCCCAAAACAAUCUCAUAGACUAGGUAUAAUCUAUUUUAUUCCUUCAUUCCUUUUACCUUUUACAAUUUACAGGAACUUCUAUUCUAUUCUCAUUUCAGCUCUGGGAUCUAACAAAAAUACUUCAAAUUUCUUUUCGAAAACCUGCCUUUCAUCAUUUCAAUGUUUAUCUCAGUUUGUUAUUUGAUCAAAGCCAGCAAUUAAUGUUAAAUGAAUCUAGAACUUUGCUCCUUCAGGCUCAUCAAUGCUGGUAAAUAUUUUAGGUCGAUAAUUGCGUUUUUUGUUGCUGUCUUUUUUACCAAGUUUGUUGCUUAGUUUGUGUAAAGGAAAGAGUUCAUUAUAACUCUUUUGGCUACGAUAUCAUAAAAAUGACAUUUAAGAUAGCUUUUUUAUAAUACCUUGUAAUUUUUAUGCUCAUGUAAUAAUCAAUGUUAUUAUUUUUAUAUAAAAGAGCAAAAUAAAAAAUGAGAAUUUUAUAAAUAUAUACGUAUUUGAAUCUGUUUUUUAAUUAACAGGGCUCUCUUCCUAAUCGCUUGUUCAAGGCUUUGAGCUUAUCUUGCUGAUCUUGUAAAUUUCUUUAAUAAAACAAUAAAGUAGCUGGCUAACUGUUUUAAGCCAUCUUUAUUGACACGUCUUUAUGAGUCAAUAUAAACAAAGUUUUUGUCAAGCAGGUUUUGUUACCAUCAAUGUUUGUGUAUUUUUUCAAUAUGUGCAUGAAAUCCAAGAUUAUACGUUAGCUUUCAUUCUCUUCAAUUAUCAUCCACCUAAAAGCUUUUUUUUCUUUCUCCAGAAUAAUAUUGAGCUUUCCCGUUCUUAAUUUCCUUAAGCCGCUAUCCUCUUACCUGAUGUUUUAAGAACACUGCAUUCACGAUAAUGUAGAAGGGAAGAAAAUGCCAUAUUGAUACCAGAACACGACUGUAGAUAUUCACCGUCAAGGUAAAUUGUUAGCUAUUUCAACUUAACGGAAUAGCUGCUCCCCACCUACAAUCCCGGACAAAAAUGGUUGAGACUUUUCAAGAAAGCUUAUAUUUUCACUUUCCUUUAAAAAAUAGCUUUCCCCCUCCCCCAAUUCAAUGAUGGAACUACAAAUCCAACAUUGCUUCGAGAGGAAAGGGGGGGAUUCGAAUUUACAAGGGCAAGAUAAAGAAAAAAAUUACAAAAAUUGCAUUUUGUCUCAACAUUUUUGUUCGGGAUUGUAGCUUUGUCAUCUAUUCCACCAGGGGGGGGGGGGGGGGCUUAACCCUGCAUAAUCAUGUCCAAAGUAUAUUAAAGUUCAAAUAAAACCAAGGCCACUUUGUUUUUAUCAUGUUUAGCAGUCAAAACUUGUUUAGCUCCCUAAAUCCGUAAUAUGUUCCACAUUCCUUGAAUCCAACAACAUUUGACAGGUUCAUGGCUCAACACUCAACACGACUAAACAACACUAAACAAAAGUUGAGUGAAAUAUUUAGUGAAAUGUUUAGUCGUUGUGUCAGGGCUUUGCGCACGAUGUAAUUGUUUCAAAGUGCAACUUGCAUAGCAACUUGCAAAUGAUUCUCUAGAUCCAAAUAUUUUGCUGUAAGAAUUGUUAUUUCCAAGUUCUUCUCUUCUAAAAGUAGAAAAUUUUGUGCCCAAAUUCACUCUUCAUAAUCGUUAACCACAUCAUUAUGUAGGUCAGAAAAACGAGGGUGGACAACUGGGCGUGUGGUAGGAUUUCUGGAAAUCACGUCGAAAGAUGGACCCCUUUGGUCGCGAACGAAACCUUUCAUAACAUGAUUUGUGCGAUGUUUUCUGACCAGGGGCAAAACUGCUAGGGGGUAUGGGGAGGGGUGCUGGUGGUCUUUCCCCCCAUCUUUUCUUUCAAUUUCC